AUGGCAACCACACUUUCGGGAAAUGCAAAUGAAUCCAGUAGUAGUGGUCGUUUAAACAAUAGACAAAGUAUAGUCAAAAGAUUAUCCAUAAAAAGUAUAAUUCAAAAUCUCAUGAAAAGUGAAGAGACGAAGGCCAUUAAUCAAAUAGAAGAAAAGCUUAAACUUGCGAAAGAAAAGAUUUCCGAGGAUGAUUUAGAUUUAGAUAUUGUAGAAAUAGAUUUACCACCCAUUAAAGCUAAAAAACGGGAGAAAGUUCUUGAAGCUAUUCACAACAUUUUCCAAAUUGAAAGGAUUGAUGAUAAACUGUUCAUUAAAUUUAAUGGUGGAAUGAAAGAAGACAUACAUCUCGCAUUGAAUGAUUCGCUUCGUCAACAACUUCCAGGUUGGUGGGUGCGGAAUGAUGUGGCAUCGGUUGUUAAUCAUAACGAAUUUAGACCUGACGUAGGGGGAUGGAACACGCAACCAACGCGCCAGCAAAGGAUUGCACCUAUUAUUAAUUCAUCUCCACCUCCUUUAUUAUGGAUCGAGGUGACAUUCAACAAGACUAAUGAUCGUGAUAACGCAUUAAAUAAGAUUUCAUAUGUUCAACCAUAUUGUCUAAACACCGAAUUUGUAUUGAUUUCUAUUCCUUUUGUAACGUCACCCUUUCAAACAAAUCCAAAUCCUGGCGUUGACUCAGUUGUAGCUACGGCACCAAGGGCAAAUCGUCCCUCAAGAGCGCCCUAUCUUGGUCAUUGGGCCGUAGGCGCGGGUUUUAAUGCAGUGCAAUGGUACAAAAUGCAAUGGAACGAACAUAUUAUUCUUGGCUGUGGGGCUAUUCGUACAUCAACUGGCGUCCAUAUCUUAAUUGCACAAGCCUUCAUCUCUAACCCAGAAAAUAAGCCUUACGUUAACCACAUUAACGGCAUCAAACACGAUAAUCGGGCUGUUAAUUUAGAAUGGGUAACUCCUAAGGAGAAUGCAGAACGUAAAAUAUUUCCGAAUCGUGGUCAUGGUAGUUCUAGGCGUAUCGUGCAAAAAACAUUAGAUGGAAAUGUUAUUCGGAUUUGGAAUUCUAUUCGCCUUGCUGGUAAUACUCUUAAAGUUCUUGAAAAUAAAAUUUCGGAAUGUUGUAACAGAAAACGAGAUACUCUGGCGGUUGAACCAGAUUCCAAUGAAGAAUGGAAAGAAAUAGAGAUUGAUUCGCGAAAGUUUAGAGUUUCAUCCUUAGGCAGAAUUCAGCUUCCAAAUGGCGUAAUCACCCAGGGAUCUUUGUAUGCUGGCUAUUACCGAAUUGGUCAUGUUCACAAAUAUCGUGUUCAUCGUUUGGUGGCUUUAGCGUUCUGUCCAAAAGAAGAAGGCAAAGAAUUUGUAAACCACAUUGAUGGCGAUUCCACCAAUAACAAAGCAUCUAAUCUCGAAUGGUGUACACCAAAAGACAAUUUACAACAUGCAGUGCGUCUCAGGCCUCAGGAUGGUUGGAUGCGUCAACGUGCUGUCAAGCAGAUUUUUGAUGAUGGGUCUUUUCGAGAAUUUCCAUCCUUAAUUGAAGCACAACGCAUAACUGGGAUUGAUCAAUCAAGUAUCUCGAAGGUUUGCGGAGGAUAUCGAACUUAUACUGGCAGAUAUCAUUGGGAAUAUGUAAAUACAUGA